GCAGAGCGAGAGCGAUUGUGUGCCCCACCCCUACCAACCCCCUCAGCCGACACCGAUGAGAGCUCUGCUCGUUUCGGCCCUUGCCGUCGGCGCCAGAGCCCAUGGGCACAUGACGAUGCCGGCGCCUCGGCCGACUGCGUGGGUGAGCGAGUUUGUCGGCGUGCACCCGCAGCUGUACAGCACAAACACGACCCACAUCUACCGGCAGCCCACGCACACCGUGCAAAACGGCCCAUCCUUCCACUACAACGAGGCUUCGUUCCGGUGCCACGAUUUUGCCGCCGUGAGUCCCUCGACGACCAUCACGGCAGGCGGCGGACUCGAGGUGGAGUGGAAGCUCGAGGCGCGGCAUCCGGGAGAUUGCGCGCUGUACAUCUCCUACGACGCCGACAAGGACCGACCCGUCACCUGGAUCAAGCUCUACGACUUUGUGGGUUGUAUGGACCAGGCCAGCCUGGCUGACUACCUCCAAGACGACAGCUGGACUGACCCGCUCGAGGUGAAUCGGUACACGAUCGCCCUCCCGAGCUGGCUGCCUUCCAGCGACCACGCCGUUCUACGCUGGGAGUGGAUCGCGGUCCAGGCUCUCGCCAACAUCGAGCUCUACGUCACGUGCGCCGACGUGCGAGUCGUGGGAACUGACGAGCCGGUCGAGGCGUUUCUCGACAAGGUCAGCCCAAAGGUGCAGGUCGUCACGAACGCCGAGCACCUGCCAAAAACGGGCUAUCGCAACGCCUACAACAAGCAGAAGGGCGCGCACUUGGCGGCGUGGGCCGACGCGAGCCCGUACUCGCUCAGCCUCGACCGCGUGGAGACGGUGCUGGAUGUCCUGACCACGCUCGAGACCUACGUGGACGGCUCGUUGACUGCGCGCGUCGUGCACAGCUCUGGCGGCGCUGCGGGCGGCGUCGUCUCGGAAGGUCAGGGCUACGGGCUGCUUCUCGUGGGCAGCCUGGUCGCUGCGAUGCCGCGCUCGAGCGCCGAUCGGGCGGAGCUGCUGUCAGCGGGCUACGAGCUCUUUCGCGGCUGGCGGCUGAUGUGCGAGCGCACCGUCGCCGACUCGUGCCAGGCUAGCCACUUCUGCGGGGAGGACGAGUCGCAUGAGUGCCUCCCCUCGUGGAAGUUCGACGACGCGGUGACCGCGGAGGCGGGGACCGGCUCGGCGCCCGAUGGCGACGAGGAUGCGAUCCUUGGGAUGCUGCUGCUGGUCCUCGGCACGCAAGGCGACGACCCUCGCCCGUCAUGGUGGGACGAGGUUGCGCGGUGGACGUAUCAGAGCUGCAGGGCCUUCCUCCACCACCUCUCGGACGACCACCCGUCGCUCAAGGCCUCCAACGGGCAGCCGUUGCGUGCUCUCAAGCUCGGCUCCUGCUGGGGCGGCUGGGACUGCAGCAACCCGUCGUACCACGCGCCGGCACACUACCGGGCAUUCCGCGAUUACAUGGCGGCCUUCGCCCCCGACUUUGGCUCGAGCGCGUCGGAAGGGUCCGAACUAGCCCCGACCUGGGAUGCUCUCAUCGAGACGAGCCAGCUCAUCCUUGACGAGGCGCAGUGCGACGCCACCGGGCUAAUUCCCAAUUGGUGGGUGCCGUCCGAAGGCACCAGCAGCAUUGGCCAGCCGGGAACCCCGGGUUGCUCCGGCAGCGGCACCCCUGGAGCCGAGUUUGGCUCGGAGGCGGCCCGAACCGCGUGGCGUGUGGGGCUCGCGGCGCUCUGGUACGACGACGCAGCGGCGAUCGCGUGGUCCCAGAAGAUGGCGCUUCACGUGGAGGUGACGCUCGAGACGGACGGCUCGCUCGACACCGGGUGCCAAGUCGAUAGCAUCCACCCGGGCUGGCAGUCGAACGGCUUCAUGGUGGGUCCGAUCGCUACCAGCCUGAUGAUUGGCCACGUAGCUAGCGGCCUCGCCGAUCCUGAACAGCAGACGGCCCUCAACAACUUGGCCGCAACAAUCCAGACAAUUCUGCCGCCGUCGCCAUCGCCACCUGCGGGCUCCGAGCCACCUAGUCCCGCUCCACCGCCACCGCUAGUGCCGCAGCCAGAUGAAUACCAGGACCUGUUCACUUGCAUCGCGGGCUGCUUUGUCGAGAGCGGCUUUUUGGAGGAGUCCGGCAACGCGAACGUCGAUAGCGUCAUCGCAGCACUAGCUGCCGCUGGAGUGGAUCUGCAGGGGCUGACUGCGGGGGAGGAGGACUCGACGGAUACGGAGCCCACGAUCUCGAGGGCUGCUGCCAUCGUCCUGGCCGCGGCCGGCGGGUUCGCCGUUGGCAUCCUCUCUGCGCUGCUGGCGCUCUCCCUAGCUCGCAAGCUGUGUCCCCCGGCCGAGGCUGCUACUCGCAAGACCACGAGCUUCGACAAGACGGGGACGCGUGUGGCGGGGCAUGUGUGACCUCUCUUUCAGGGGCCGAAAGAGAGGUGUGUACGUGAGCGGAGAGUCCAUGCGCGCGCAGCGCGCGGGGCAUACCGGCUUGUACGCGUGCGGGCCGGAGCUGCAGGCCCGCCCGGAGUGCCGGAGAGAGCGAGACAGUCCAAGGGGAGUGAGAGAGAGCGAGACCGAGACGGCAGACGCGCGACGGGGUCGUGUACCGUCGGGUCUCUAUUUUAAAAUGAGGUAAACAGCAA